AUGCCUGUGACCUUGUUCCACGGUCGACUCUCAAAUACCCCCGCCCGGAGCUUUUCAUUCAGUCAGGCUAGUUUCCAAGCCAUCGGAUUCAGCCCGGAGUUGAAGGUAUCAGUGGAGAAUGGCAAAGUUACCACAGAACCAUUGGCUGGGACGGAAUUACGCAAAGGGACAGAAGUCGAAGUCAAUCGUCUGCGGCAAGAUUUGCUGAAUGAUCCCAAAGAGAUCGUGGAACACGUGCUGUCCGUUAAAGCACCGAUUGGAGAGAUUCAUCAGGUUGUAGAGAAUAAAGAAGGCACCAUUAUGGUGGAGGAUCUGAUGUCUGUUCGAUCACGUUGUAGUGUCUAA